CAUCAUGUUUACACAAACACAUAGAUCAAAAGGAAGUCAACACAUUGAAACCUGUUAGAAAUACUGAAUGUAAACAUACACAUGUGUGUGUGUUGUAAACAUACACAUGUGUGUGUGUGUUGUAAACAUACACAUGUGUGUGUGUUGUAAACAUACACAUGUGUGUGUGUGUUGUAAACAUACACAUGUGUGUGUGUUGUAAACAUACACAUGUGUGUGUGUGUUGUAAACAUACACAUGUGUGUGUGUGUUGUAAACAUACACAUGUGUGUGUGUUGUAGACAUACACAUGUGUGUGUGUUGUAAACAUACACAUGUGUAUGUGUGUUGUAAACAUACACAUGUGUGUGUGUUGUAGACAUACACAUGUGUGUGUGUUGUAAACAUACACAUGUGUGUGCGUGUGUUGUAAACAUACACAUGUGUGUGUGUGUGUUUACAGAAACUCAACGGGGAGAUUCAUGAUGUUGGUUGAGUUUCAUGAUGUAUUAUUUGGUUAUCUUAUGACUUCUCUGCACGAAUGAUGGCUAAAAAUUAAAUGAACUCCUACAUAAACUAUGACAUAAUAGCAGCAACAACAACAAAAAUGUUGGAAUUAAAAAUAAUUUAUUUUGGUUAAAAAUGAAAUACAAAAAAUUAAGAACAAUUAAAUAUAAUGUGUGAAAGUUUUCCAUCUUUUUUUGGUGGUUGGCGACGCAUCAUAAAUAUCAGUAAAUAACUGAUCCACUAACUAAAUAUAUUAAACACACUGUGUGACAUUUACACAGCGGCCGAUAAAACGCCCGCGGCUUCUACCCGACAACAGACGAGUCAUCGCUGUCAGGCGGCCGCAGCAGAUUUACCGUCGUCCAAAGUUUUUACAGUGAGAGAUAAAAACCCGCUAAGGUCAUGUUUUAUUUAUUUGUUCCAUCACCAUCAUAAUUAGCAAUUUAAAUGACAGUGCUACAUUCAGAAGAACUAUUAUGUUGAAUUCUCCCACUGGGAGCCAUCAGGCUGCGGAUAAACCAGCACAGGGGCCCACAACCUGAGGCUCGCGGCCCCUCAGGAGGCCACAGGAUGACUUAUGGAGGGUCUCCGUGUGUCAGCUGGUUAGAAACCGCGUGAUGUGUUUGAUGAAGGGAGGAAACGCAGAGGAGGAGUUUCUACUUCCUGCAACAACGCUCGUAAAACAAUGGUAAAUAAAUUAAAUCAGACUCCAGAAAGUCAGCCCGAUAGUGUACGACCGGACAGGCGUGGUGUGUUCAGGGGCUAACAUGAAUGUGGCGUGUUCAGGACCUAAAUUAAAUGGUGUGUUCAGGACCUAAAAUGAAUGUGGUGUGUUCAUGAACUAGAAUGAUUAUUUUGGGAGUAUAUUGCAAAUGUGGUGUGUUUAGGAACUAGAAUGAAUGUGGUGUGUUCAGGAACUAAAACAACCGUGGUGAGUUCAGGAACUACCAUGAGUAUUUUGCAAAUGUGAUGUGUUCAGAUUUUUAAAUGAAUGUCGCGUGUUCAGGAAAAAUGUGUAUGUUGGGAGUAUUUUGCAAAUGUGGUGUGUUCAGGAACUAGAACAACCGUGGAGAGUUCAGGAAUUAAAAUGAAUGUGGUGUGUUCAGGAACUUAAAUGAAUGUGGCAUUCAUUCAAUCAAGCGUGGUGAGUUCAGGAACUUAAAUGAAUGUGACAUGUACUAAAUCAAGCGUGGUGAGUUCAGGAACUAGAAUGAGUAUUUUGGGAGUAUUUUGCAAAUAACCAAGUACAAAUACUUUAAAAACGUACCGAUGUUUUCACAUCGUAGACUAGAGGCCGAGGCCAACAGGAAGUCUACCCGGCGACAUGAAGUCUACCCGGCGACAUGAAGUCUACCCGGCGACCGAGUGGCUGUCGCUCAAACUGGAUGCGUCGCAUGCGACGUGUCACUCGCACGUAAAUAAACUCGCCGACAUUAAUAUUUCACUUUAUGUCCACUUAGCAGAUUUGUCUUUGGUGAACUACGCCGACGUUUCCUUUUCCAAAUUUAAUGACAAAACAAACUGCCGCUCAACCGAAAACACCAGAUUUAAACAUUAAUGCGGCUGCAGAUGUAUAUCCAGAAGAAGAGGAGGAGGAGGAGACUGAAAGUGCUCGAAUGAACAAAAGAGCCAUAAAUAAUGCAGAAAACAUCCAUUUAUCGUCUCUGAUUGUGUGUUUCUGACACACGCACACACACACACACACACAUCGGGUUAUCUUUAUUAAGAUUUAAAGUUUUAACAAAACAAAAAAUCACUUCAUUUUUCCCGGCGGAAGAAAAAAUAAUACCGUGACUCUGUGUUAUUAUAAUUCCGUGAGACGGGAUGAUGCAAUAACUCUCCACCGGCAGAAGAUUCCUAAUUAUCCCCUCGGGACGGCGUUGGACACCCAUCACUGUGUGUGUGUGUGUGUGUCUGUGUCUGUGUGUGCAUGUGUGUGUUUGUGUGCGUGAAGAACUUUCGAUGCUUUUUAAAUUGCGUGGUUUCAUUCCUCAUGAACAAAGCUCACGUCUCACUGAUCUCGGGUCAGUCUUGAUAACGAUCUCCGACACCAGGAAUAAAUCGUGUUUUCACGAUUUUCCGACGCCGCUUCACGAUAAUCCAAAAGGCCACAUCUCUCGCCGAACUACAAAACUCUCCAACUCUUCUCCGCUUCACUUUAUCCGUCUCAUUCUUCGCAGAGACACUGCUCACAUAUUGCGCAACGAUUUGGGAGAAAGUCAAACCUGUAGUUGCGUCACAACUAAAAAUAUUAAAGAAAUAUUUGUCUUGAAAAGUCAUUUUUUUAUUUUUUGGAAUGCGAUCCUUAUAAUUCGUGCUGUGUGCCGUCUUCAUUUCCUCUGAACCAGUAACAUGUGUCCUCAUACCUGCCCAUCUGGACUCAUCUCACAGGUGUUGCCUUCACUGUACGGCCAACGUUAUUCAAGUUGACCUCGUUGUUGUAGGGCACAGGUGUCAAACACGAGGCCCGCGUGCCGAAUCCGGCCCCCCAAGUCAUUUUACGUGCCCCCUGACGGAUUGAAAACACACAUCAUCGCUUUUUCUUAAAGACAUUUCAAAAGAAAUAUCCUGUGCUUUUAUUUUGAAGGUUUCAAAUUAAAUGGAUUUAUGUUAUAAUAUUAGAGACAUUUUCUUAUGUACAACAUUUCAACAAUAAUCAAAUGCAAACAGAGUUAUUUAACAAAAUGUUCGGGAUUAGUUCAAACAGUGUUUCAGUUACACCGGCCCUUUAAGAGGCGGCCAUGACGCUGAUGGGGCCCACGGUGAAAUUAAGUUUGACACCCCUGUUGUAGAGAUAUACUCUUUAAAAUGUGGGCAAUGUUAAAGAUUGAGAACAUCUGACGUGCCACGGAAUUAUUUUAUUAAACUAAAAUCCAAAAUCCAUGAAUCAAAAGUAGCUGAAUUAAAUUUGUACAAUACAAAUAUAAACAUAUCCCUCAGCCGCUAAGCCCCGCCCACCGAAUGAAGCUCCAAACACACAGCGCUGUAUAGAUAUACAUAGAGACGGACAGUUCAGAGCCUCCAGUUCACCGGAGUGUGUUUGGACUGUGGGAGGAACCGGAGAACCUCAAGGGAACCGGAGAACCUCGAGGGAACCCACGCCGGCACGGGGAGAACGUCUACAAACCCCUCGCAGAAAGGAAUCGAACCCCCGGGUCCCACACCGCCGCGCCGCCCUCCACAAACUGAUUGUUUUUAGUUGCACUUCAUCUUUUUGAAGCGUUUGUCACACACGAUGCGUUCAAGUACAAAAGAUUUUUCCUUUGACAUUUUUGUUGCGAGGAUGAAUGAUGUCAUAAAAAAUAAAAAUGAACCCCGCGGGCAGGUGGUGGGGCGUAAACAAGAAGCUCCAGAACCUGUGAUGUCAUCUCUUGUUAUUUUGUAUAAUUAUGUUUUACUUCCUCAAUAAUAAUAUAUAUAUUAUUAAUAAUACUACUACGACUACAACUACAACUACUAAUAAUAAUAAUAAUACAUACAAUAUUUUGUACAUUUUGUGCACAUCAUUCGGAUAGGAAUGAAUUAGUAAAAUAAAUGAUCAUAAUUGUGAUGUGAUUAGAAAUAUAUUACUGGGUCACAUUAUACAUUUUGGGGAUUUCACUAAAAUAGAACUACACGGUUCACGUUUGCUAAAGUAAAUGAGUUCUACCGAACAUCUGGAAUUGAAUGUGUAUAGUUAGCUGGUGUGUAACUACUCAUUUAAUCUCUUUACAUGUUAUAUGUAUACAAAUAUAUAUAAAUAUACAUAAAACCGAGGACCUGGACCAGAGUCUCUAAGCAACCAGAGUAUUUAAAUAUAAAACUAUGAAUUACACGUUAAUAUAGCUGAAGGAGACAGAUCCAGGAUCAGUGCGGCGGGUUAUUUACUGCGGACACACAGGUGUGUGAACGCAGCUAAUUACAGAUUAACCUCCAGAUUCCUUUAACCCUUAAACACACCACAAAGAAACCACAACAGCUGCUUUGAAAUGGAUAUUAAUUAAACUUUGAACCCAUCGACACACAUUCAGAUUCUAUAGAAGUUUAUAUCAGAAUUAUGUAUUUGUGUCAUACUUGUUAUUUACCAUUUCAAUCGUCUUGGUUUUUUUAAGAACAGCAUUUUAAAUUAGCACAAUACAUUCACUAUUAUGUAUUCAUUAUUUUUAAUGUUGGACUUUCAGACAUUUUAACAUGAAACUCAAACUACAGGAUACAAAUUAAAUUAAAUUGUUAAUUCAUCAACUUGACGGAGAAAUACAUUGUUUAUUAAAAACUGAACAUCAGAAAAUGUUCAAGAUUAAAGAGAAUAAAAAUUAAUUUAACCAUUUUUACUUUGACACAUAUAUUUUUGGGGGGGAAAAUGAAAGAAGUGUUUUAAAAUCAGGAAGUCAAUCUUAAUUUAAGUAUUUAUUCUUGCAUUGAAUUAUGAUUUUAUUCCUUUAUUAGUUAAUAAACGUCUUGAUUUUAGUUUGAUGUUUUAAUAUUUAUUACUCUUGAUGUAAUAAUGUGCUUCACACAUUUGUAUUUUAUUCUUUAUUCCACCGUGAAACACUUUAAAUACUACAUUUCAUCUGUUAUAUUUUUAACUAUAUUCAAUAAAAGGCUUGAUUCAAGCUGAUCGCCAUGGUGACGGAUAUUAAACACGUUCGUUAAUCUUUAUUCUGUCGUUUAGAUAUUAAGAAAAUAUUCAUUAAUUAAUACUAAUAACUGAAAGCAUUCCUCUUGAUUUCUACAUUCUGCUUAGUAAAAUAAACUAUAUAAAUAUAAUAAAAUAAUAUAGUACUCAGCAGAUGUUGUUUAAAAAUAUAACAUGAUGUGAAUUAAGCGGUAAAAUUUAUUCUGCAUCAAAAGGAGUUUGUUUGUUGACAAACACAAACACGUAAAAUAAACACGUGUUUACCUUUCGACCACACACACACUGAAGGAAAUUAAUUUUAGUUCCGUUUUCAUGUCAAAUUUCAUCUUCUGAUCUUUAUUUCCACAAACUGACUCCGGAUCAGCAGAAGUUCAGGAUGCGGUCUGUGGCUCCACCUGCUGCACUGAGAGGUCACACGAGCACGACCACGUCUAGUACCACGAGUACCACGAGUAGUACGACUGUCUACUUUGGUUCCAUUCCAGGAGGAAGAAAAACCCGAAGCUAAAAAAAAGAGGAUAUUUAUAUUUUAUUUAUUACAGUGAAAUGUUCACAUCCACUUUUAAUAUUGCGUUGCAUCAUCAGUUGAAUUUUUAUUUUAUUUCCCUUUUUCUACAUUCAGUACAUUUGCAUUCUUUGUUGUUUUGUUUCUAAUUUAUAUCAGUUUAUUUUAGGAUGAGAUAUAACAUAAGAUGAGGUUCCACAGAGGACACAUUUACAGGAUUUACAGUGCAAACAAGAGAUUAGUAAAAAGAAACGAGAGUGUCAUAAAUAAGCAAAUAAGGAAUAGAAAACGUCAUAAAAAAUGAGUAAAGAAUCCACAAUAACUGAACUAUUCUAUAUGCAGACAGAAGAACCAGUAUGAGUGUUAUUGUGCAGUAAUAGUUGUAUUUAAUUUUUAAGCCAACAUUGAGUCUUUAAUUGAAGUGGUAUAUCCAUGUGAUAUGAAGCUACUGAAUGGUAUUUAUUUAUUACAUUGUUUGUAUGAUUAACUUCUCUUAUCUCUUAUCAUAAGCAUAAACAAUAUAUGUUUUAGAAAGUAUUUAAUUUUUUUCAUCUGCUAUAGUUUCAGUGUUGGACUGUAUUUAAUACAAUAUUCUCAAGCAUGUUAAGUAUAAAUGAACUUUAUUGGAUUGGAUUCAAUCUAUUGUCAUUGCACAGAGUACAGGUACACAUGCAACGAAAUGUGUCCUCUGCAUUUAACCCAUCCUUAGUUAUUAAGGAGCAGUGGGCUGCAGUGAUGCGCCCGGGGAGCAACUGGUGGUUCAGUGCCUUGCUCAAGGACACUUCGACUUGCAACUAAUGGGGAGAGCGGGGAUCGAACCAAUGACCUUGGGGCUGCAGGACGACCCCCUUACCCCACUGAGCUACAGCCGCCUUUAUAAAGGUACUUUACUUGAUUGUUUACAUGCUCUGCUUCUUUGUACUUCUACUCAACUGCAUCUCAGGGUUUUGAAUGCAGUACUUCUACUUGCAUUGUGUUUUUACACUUUGCUUCUUUUACUUGAGUCAAAACAGGAUGACACGUUUUUAUAAAUGUACACGUUUUAUAAUAACAGUUUUUUUUAAAUGAAGGUUGUCUCACAAUAUCUGUAACUUCCAGUGUCUUUCACCUAUACAGUCUGUGGUUCGUCACAGAGAAGCCUGAUGAUUGACAGGAGCUCCUCUUGAAAUCUCUGCUCUGAGGAAUAGUCCAACAUCACCACCAGGUGGUCAGAUGCCGAACUGAGAGAUUUCUGCUCUGAGGAAUAGUCCUACAGCACCACCAGGUGGUCAGAUGCCGAACCGACAGCUUCUUUCCUUCUGUGAAACUCCUCUCCUCAACUCGUCCUCCACUUUUUCUUGUGUUGCAACUACAUUUGCAUUUUGUUGUGCAACCCUGUUGUACAAUGACCACAAAAAGUAUCUCGUAAUAUACACUGUAAAUACACACAUAUAUAUAUAUAUAUAUAUAUAUAUAUAUAAAGUAUAUACAACUUUAAGGACUAAUCAUUAGCUUAAAAUUUACUUUUUUACGGUGUAGAAAUACACACUAACAAUAAUCAGAAUUUAAAAAAAUGUAAAAAAUUAAUUAAAUGAAGGAUUUAACACAAUUAUAGAAGUGAAUGUGAACAUUUUCCUGAAUUAAAAUAUAUAUAUAUAUAUAUUAAUAAAACAAAAUAAUUCAUAUAAAAUAUAUAUAAUAACAGAUAUUUAUUUAUUUGAUGUUUUCUUUACUUUUAUUGUACUUAUUCAAUUGAAUUUAAAUCAACUUUUAACUAACUUUUUUUUAAUCGCAGUGCGACCUCCACACCAGCAGGUGGCAGUGAACAAAACCCGCGAAGAAGAGGAAAAACAAAGAUGGCGCUUUGGCACGUCGAUAGCUAGCUUCAUAAAAACAGUUCGACGACUUUCAUCAUUCUUCUUCGCUUUAACAACGUUUUCACACCGUUGUUUUGCUACCGGCUAACGUUAGAAAGCUACCGCGGCGGUUACGCGACACAAUUUGGUGUUUAACUUGAGGUAAGUCCGCUGUUUGUUUCUGCCUGUUGUUUGUGGUCCUCAUUCUAAGGUGUCUUUGAACGCCCCACACAUAGCAUAAAGGUGUGCCGGUCACGCAGCUGCUUCUGCAGGCUUGUUCUGUGUGUUAAAACACGUGUUUGAAUGCGUCUGUAAUUCACAGAAGAUGCAAUAAGCUGCGGUGAAAGUAGAAAUGUCAUCGACACGGUGACCAUCAUGAUCAACCCCCCCGGCAAUCAUCCGGCUUUCAAAACGUUCCUUCGAUAAACGACAUGACUCACCGCAAUGGAACUGAGAGAUGUAGGACAGUAAAAAGUACUACAUGUACCACUGAGAUGUAGUACAGUAAAGUCCAAUGUUUACCUCUGAUACAUAGUACAGUAAAAAGUACUACAUGUACCUCUGAGAUGUAGUAAAGUAUAAAGUACUAGAUGUAUCUCUGAGAUGACUAUUGGUGUAUAAUAUUUAAGAAUUCAAAUUAAAUGAUAUAUUUACGUUAUCUCGUCUUUUAAUAUACAUACAUAUAAUAUAAUUAACUUUGUAGUCAGACACAGCUACCUCGAAGAAUACUUUGGUGGGUAUUUCUCUUCUUCUAAAGUAACACUUUGAUGACUUUAGUAACACUUUGGUGACUUUAGGUACACUUUGGUGACUUUAGUAACACUUCUGUGAGCUUGUUCAGCUUCUUCGUGUCCGUGCCCCUUUUCUCGCGUUCGUUGUUUUCCCCUCAACACGAUCCGCCCUCGUCCCUUUUUUCCCUGCGACUCUGAGUCAGAUUUACAUCUCCUGUCUUCCCUGACACCUUCUGUCUGCAGAAGACGCCCCGAGCGCUCCCACCAUGUCUCACAACUACCCCUACAGACCGCCUCCGUCCAACUCCGAUCUCCGGCCCGAUCCCAGAGCCGCCGGCUCUUCGGGCCGCCACCGGACGGCCGGCGAUAUUUACGGGCCGCCUCGGGAGUCCUUCUCCACGCCGCCCCACCCGCCCUCGUCCUUUUCCUCCAGGGGGGCCCCGUGGUCGCAGGACGGCGCCCUCGGCAUCCUGGACAGCUGCGGCCUGGAGCCCGCCGACCUGGCGCUGCUCGCCGAGCUUCCCGAAGACGUCCUGACCGUCGAGUCGCUGCCUCGAGUCCUCAAGCAGAUCAAAGGGAAACGGGGCACCGUCAAACCGUUCUCCUCCGAUUCUCCUUCUUACUCCUCUUCUUCCUCUUAUGCCUCGAGCUCCUCCCGUCGACCCGCCGCCGCCGGCCGGGAUCACCCCCGCGGCCAGCUGCUCCAGUACCCUCUAGGCCAGGUAACACCCGGUCCUCUUUCGUCUGAGCUGGACCGCUGGGGGAAUCCCAGGAUCUGCACCUCGGUAAGAAAAGAGCUCCCGUCGUUGUUGUCCAUCUCCAGCUUUGAGGUGGACUACAACUACAGACCAGGACCCUCUGAUAAUGGUAAGAUGGGCAGAGACUCCGGUCAAGUGUCCUCUCAAGACCUCAACCGUAGACCAGGACCUUCUGAUUAUGGCAAGACGGGCCGAGACGCUAGUCCAGUGUUCUCUCAGGACUACAACCACAGACCAGGACCUUCUGACUAUGGCAAGAAGGCCAGAGACACCAGUCCAGUGUUCUCUCAGGACUACAACCACAGAGCGGGACCUUCUGAUUAUGGCAAUAAUGGCAGAGUCACCAGUCUAAUGUUCUCUCAAGACUACAACCACAGACCAGGACCGUCUGACUAUGGCAAGACCGGUAGAGACGCAGGUCCACUUUCCUCCCAGGACUACAGCUACCGACCAGGACCCUCUCACUAUGAUGCCAGUCCUGUGCCCUCUCAAGACUACAACCACAGACCAGGACCUUCUGAUUAUGGCCAGAUGGGCAGAGACUCCGGUCCGAUGCUCUCCCAGGACUACAACCACGGAACGGGACCCUCUAGGUAUGGUAAGACGGGCAGAGACACCGAUCCGGCGCCCUCUCAGGACCGACCUUCUUUCAGCUCUGCGGGAAGAACCAACAGAACUCGUGCUUCCCGGUUCUCUCAGCCGGAACCAGCUGGUCUCAUGCAGGCACCUCAUCCCGAAGAGCACCACCCAAAAACUCGUGUCCCGCGCUGCGAGUCUGGGAACUCCUCCUCCAUCGGCAGCAGCCAGCCCAAUGCUGCCGCCGCCGCCGCUUCCCUCUCGUUCCCCUCAAAGAAAGAAGCUCUGGACUUCCACGGGACGUCUCCACCGGGGUUCCCGUACUCGUGCUCUCUGUGUGAUAUCACUGUGAUGUCAGAGAAGGUGUGGAUCAAACACAUAAACGGGCCUCACCAUGCGGACGGGCAGCUCCGCAUGCUGCAGCAGUUUCCUAGCUGGGACUGUCGCGUGGAGACCAUCAGCAGGCCCGACGACCAAUCGCGGAAGAAGAACGAUGAAGGAAAGACCGCCCAGCAGCCACAGGCAGCCAAUCAGAGCUCCUCCAACAUGCCGCCAAAGAAGAAAACCCCAAAGAAGACGUCAGACAGGAGUAGAGUGGUGUGUGUGAGGUUUCCGGCUCAGACCGUGGACGAGGCGUACCUCCGGAAGCUGACGGAACCGUUUGGGAAGAUCGUCACGGUCCUCAUGUUCCCGUCUCUCGCGUUCGUGGAGCUGGGGUCCAUCGACCAGGCCAAGGACCUGGUGAAGUACUACAAGAACUCCCCUCUGACCGUCAACGGGGAGCAGAUGGAGUUCACCGUCUCCAACACCUUCAACUUCCUCCAGAGCUCUCGGGUGGUGAGUUUCUCUCCGGCUCCACCGGGAGACGACAGCCAAUCGGACCUGAUGGCUGUCGUCAGGCGCUCGCCGCUGUACUUCCUGUUCCUGCCGUCGACGGCCUUAAUCGAGAUGAAGAACAGUCCCGAUGCUCAGAAAUUGGUGGAUUAUUAUUCCUCCAGAACUCUGAGGAUCAACAGCUGCUCCAUCAAAGUGUGUUUCUCUGGAGAGUUCAAGAGCCUCAUACGGGUCGCUGCAGCUCAGAGGUACAAAGAGGACACGCCUCCCACCAAAAGGAGGCGGAGCUCCAGCCGAGAGAAUGAAGACGAGCUGAAGAGAAAGAGGAGGAGCAGGAAGGAGGAAGGAGAGAAAUCCACCUGCGAAAAGAGAACCAGAUCCAGAGAUGCAUCUAAAGACAAGUCCAGCAAAGAGGAGCGGUCGAGCUCCAGAGAUAAAUCCAGCAGGGAAAAGACGACCAGAACCAGGUCCGAAUCCAGGGAAAGGUCCACUAAAGAGACGAGCACCAGAACAAAGUCCGGAUCCAGAGAUAAGUCCAGCAGAGAGGGACGGUCCGCAUCUAGAGACAAGGCGACCAGAACCAGGUCUAAAUCCAGAGAAAAGUCCACAAAAGACAGAAGGUCCAGGUCCAGCAGAGGGACCAGGUCCACAUCAAGAGAAAAGACGAUGGUGCCGGAGAAGACGGAGACGACGACUGACUCUGAGUCCAGGACUGAUCCGGAUCCGGCUUCUGUCAAAGACUCCAAACCUGAACACAAAGCAGCCACUGAGGAAGAGGAGGAGGAAGAAGAGUCGUCUGCAGAGGAGAGCGACAUUGAGGGGAUGGAGGUGAUCGGCGAGGACGGAGAAACUGUGCAUGAUGCCGAUGUAGAGGAAGAGAAAAACGAAGAGGAAGAGGACUGUCCCGCAGAGAGAACAGACUCACCGAAAAAAGAUGAAGAGGAGGAGGCGAAGGAUGAAGCGGCUGGCGAUCGGGAGAGUGUGAUGAAGAUAAAGAAGGAAGAGCCUGACGAUUGGGAGAGAAUGAUGGAGAGAAAGAAAGAAGAGGCUGACGAUCGCGAGAGAGUGAUGGAGAUAAAGAAGGAAGCAGCUGAGGAAGAGGAGGAAGCAGAAGAGCCUCGGCCGGAGGAGGACGAGCAGGAGGAGCCAGACUUCCCUUUAGACCUGAAGGACUGCAUCACUCUCGACGAACUGGGAGAAGACCAGUCUGAUGACACAGAUAAAGAAGUCGAAGAAGAUGAAUCCAGAUCUUCGUCCACCCGAGUGGUUACCUUCUUCAGCCUCCCGCUGGGUCCAUACAAGAAUGACGACUUCUUGAAGCUGGUGACCGAUUUCGGGACGCCGGUGAAGUUCCAUUUGGUCCACGGACGCGGAUCGGGUUUCAUCGAGAUGUCGACUUCUUCAGAGGCGCUGCGAGUCGUCAGUGGGCUGAGGAUUAACCCUAUCACCAUCGAAGGCCGCAAGGUCUACGUAUCCCUCUCCAACCGAUACGAGCGUCUCCCCGACGGGCAGCCGACUCAGUGGCCCAAGGACGGGGGGAAAGACGGCAGCAGUGAAAGCGGCAAGAAGAGGAGCAGGAGGGAGAGGAUGCUACAAGUGGACGAAUCUGAUAGGAGGACGUCUCAGGUGAGCAAGGAGUCCUUGAAGAAGACUCCAGGAGAAGAGCCGAUGUCUAAAAAGACGAGAGGGAAAGAGUCAACCUCGAAAAAGACUGAUGCUCAGAGAGAGUCAGCAUCCCAAGAGACUCCAGAGAAAGAGUCGAAGUCUCAAAAGACUCCAGAGAAAGAGUCUAUGUCCAAGAAGACUCCAAAAGACUCUACGUCUAAAAAGACUCCAGAGAAACACUCAACGUCUAAGAAGACUAAAGAGAGAGACUCAUCUAAAGAGACUGAAGGGAAAGACUCGUCUAAAGAUACUCCAGAGAAGGACUUGUCUCAAGAGAAGGACUCGUCUAAAGAGACUCAAGAGAAGGACUCGUCUAAAGAGAGAGAGUUGUCUAAAGAGACUGAAGAUAAAGACUCGUCUAAAGAGACUCAAGAGAAGGACUCGUCUAAAGAGACUCAAGGAAAAGACUCGUCUAAAGAGACUCAAGGAAAAGACUCGUCUAAAGAGACUCAAGAGAAGGACUUGUCUCAAGAGAAGGACUCGUCUAAAGAGACUCAAGAGAAGGACUCGUCUAAAGAGACUCAAGGAAAAGACUCGUCUAAAGAGACUCAAGAGAAGGACUUGUCUCAAGAGAAAGACUCGUCUAAAGAGACUCCAGAGAAGGACUUGUCUAAAGAGACUCAAGAGAAGGACUCGUCUAAAGAGAGAGAGUUGUCUAAAGAGACUGAAGAUAAAGACUCGUCUAAAGAGACUAGAGAGAAAGACUCGUCUAAAGAGAGAGAGUUGUCUAAAGAGACUCAAGGAAAAGACUCGUCUAAAGACACUGAAGAGAAUGACUCGUCUAAAGAGACUCAAGAGAAGGACUUGUCUCAAGAGAGAGACUCGUCAAAAGAGACUCAAGGAAAAGACUCGUCUAAAGACACUGAAGAGAAAGACUUGUCGAAAGAGACUCAAGAGAGAGACUUGUCUAAAGAGACAAUAGAGAGAGACUCGGCUGAUAAGACUGAAGAGAAGAAGAACUCUGCUGAGAAGCAGUCUUCUGCUAAAAAAGCUCAGAAAAAAGAGUCUGUGCCUAAAACAAGUCCAGAAGACAACCUCUUAAAAAGAAAAGGGACUCGUGAGAACGACUCGGGGCCCGAGAAGAGGAACGAGUGGACGAAUGAUGAGAAACUAAAGUUGGCGAUCCACAAAAAGGAAGGAUCGACGAAGAAGACUCCGGAGACGGACGAGGGUAAAGACGAAAAGUCCUCUGAAGUUCAGGGGGAGACCUCUGAACCAGCACUGAAAAAAGCUGCUGUUGAUUGGCUGCAGGACUUGGAGGACUCUGAAGCGACGCUACAAGUGCAGCAACAAUCUGAAUCUGCGGAGGGCGCUGAUGAGCAGCAGGAACCCACAAGGCCCGUCGGAACAGAGUUUGUCCGCCCGGUCGUCGGUUACUUCUGUAACUUGUGUCAGCUGAUCUACGCCGACGAGGACGAAGCCAAACGGCAGCACUGCAGCAGCCUAACGCACUACAGGAAGUACCAGGAGGCGACGGGUAAAGACCCGUGGGCGAGCUGAACACUUUGACUUAUUGAGGAACUAUAUCAAUUAUUCUGAAACUUUUUGGAAUCUAUCGUAUUCGAGGCUCGUCGGAGGGAUGAGAACUUUUUUUAGAUUUGUUGUUUUUUAUUUCCUUUAAAAUAUUCAGUGUUUUUGCUCAAGGACAUAAAAAAUGAGUUUAUGAUUGGGUGAUGCAUUAAUAAUAGGUUGAGAAAACACCAUUAUAAAAAUACAAAAGAGACCAGCAACAUAACUUUUCAAAUUAUUUCUUUUCUGAGUUUGGAAACAAAGAAAAUAUACAUUGUUAUUUUUAACAAUGUAUAUUUAAAAAAAAUAUUCUUGCCAAAAGCAGGAAUUGUGAUUUAAUUAAUUUUUUUCAACAUGACCUUUUGACUUGUGUUGAUAUGAUAUCUUCGUAAUUGUUCUUUUUUUUACUGAGAAAUCUUUCGAUCACUUUUCUUCAAAUUUACUAAAUAACCUUCUGAACCAGUCGAGAUGUUAAUUCCAGCUUCAAAGGUCUUAAAUUCAACGAAAGUAUUUCCUCAAAUAUUUGUUCUCUAUUUCUGUUUUACGGUCCUAAAAUACAUUUCUGUUAAAAUCAGCUGAAAGAAGAUGAAGCUGCUAUUUUGUCAUUUUAGAAAUUGUUUGUUUUCUAAUGCGUACAUAUUUAAAAAAUAUUUUGAAGGACUGUAAAAUGACUUCCUACUAAAAUAAAUCCUUGAGUUUG